AUGGCAGGUCAAUACAUACAUCAUCAGCCUCAAGGACCCCAUAAUGCCAAGAACCUGAAGAAGCCACAGCAAGAUCCUGUGGGGCAGAGGGCUUCCCCACCAGAGGUGGAGGAAACUGGGGUGAAAUGCAAGAACUGUGGAGCCUUUGGGCACAGGGCGAGUAACAGGAAGUGUCCCAUGAAGUGCUGGGCACAGACAGAAAACUCUACAACAGACCAGAGUUCCCUGACUUCCAGGAGUCCACAUUCAGAGCUCAUUCUAGCGCUGAGAACCCCUAAAGAGGAGGGUCCGAGGACUGUCGUGGAAUGUGGCACUGGCAGGCAGAGCAGCAACAGGGUGGACACAAAACAUUCUACCAGGCCAUUGCCUGUCCAAAUGACCAGGAGACCUGCCCAGAGCCCUGUUCCCACAGAUCCACCACCUGUGAAGACACCUGAUACAGGAUCAUUCUGCCCUACACAGUCUCACAACAAAAUGCAUGAGCUGAGCCCUUGUGGACCAGCCAAAGGACAUGAGGUGAACUUUUGUGACUCCCUCUGCCCUGCUCUAAAGAACUUCUGCCGAUACCCAGCUCUUAGUGCUAGGUCAACAGCCCACAGGCCUGAUGUUUUCUCUCCUGAUGUUCCCCUGUCUGCCAUGAAGACACUUGCCCAGUGUCAUGUCUUUAACCCCCAGGCACAAAUCAAACGUCCUCAUGUGGAUUCAAAGCCCAGUCCACAGCCUGCUGGACAAAAGUGUGGCCAGGACUUCAAACUCAGAAUUCAGCCACCAGGCAAGAGGUCUGCCCAGGUCCCCAUCCAGGCUUGCCAGAACCACCCAAAGAAAGCAAGACUCACUCCUUCCUGA